UCGGAACAAAAAAUUAAUGCGAAUGGAGUCGACAUCAAUUACCUGAGAGUUGGUACGGGUGAACAUCCAGUUUUGAUUUUGCCAGGUGCCUUAGGUUCGAUAUGGACGCAUCUUAAGCCAUAAAUAGAGGGAUUGGACGGUGGAAAAUUUACUACGGUGGCGUGAGAUCCCCCGGGCUAUUUAAAAUAAAAACCACCCGACAGGACAUUCCCAAAUGAUUUUUUUCAACGUGACACCGAUUAGGUAUACCAUUUAACGAAGGUUACCAUUUUCGCCUCGAUGUUGCCAAAUAAUGUUCGAAAGAUGGUAGCCGUUGCUGUAAACGCCUAUGUAACGUCGAAAGAAAUCAACAUUUAGAAAAAAUACCAAAAUAUAGACAGUUGGUCCGAAAAAAUGCGAGCUCCACUGAUAGAAAUAUACAGGCAGGUCUAUGUCCGAACAACUUGGUCUAAUUGGACAGAUGCAAUUUUGAGAAUUUGCGAAAAACAACACGGUGACUUAUGCAAAGUGUUGCUGACGCGAAUUAAAUGUCCCAGUUUGAUCAUUCGGAACAAAGACCCUAUGGUACUCGCCGAGCAUCCAAUUUAGUCGAAGGAUCACAUCUCCGGAGCAAAGUUGACAAUUUUUUGAAAAGGAGCACGCAAUUUGCAUUUACGUUAUCCUGAGGAAUUUAAUGAGGUCGUUAGCAAGUUUUUAAUCGGCUGA